AUGGCAGGUCACCACGGCCCCAGUUUAAGUAUCGCUGCCAUCGCCACCAUGGGCUCAGUCUUGGUCAUUUACGCCACCUUGAAGUCUCCUUUGAAGUACCAGUGGGCUUCUGAAAACAGACUCAGUCCAAAGGCUGACUUAGCUUGGAGAAAUGCUGCUCAGAAAUGGCUUGACAACCAAUAG